UGGCCAAUUAAAACCGAAAGUAGAAGUUGAAAGACCUAGAGUCUAGAUCUAGUAAAAUCUAUACUCAGUUGUCCUUAAUGAUACUCUAGAUUUAUUAUAUUACUCUAGAUUUUAGAAUAGAACAAUAGAUCUACUCAGUUAGUCUAGAUCUAGAUGUCUUGCAAUUCUAGGACAACUAGAUCUAUAUAACCUCUAACUUUAAGCUUGACAUGUUAUAGCCAAAUAACUUUGUAGGAGUAAUUAAAACAAUGGAUACAGACUCUUCUGCUAUUGGAAGUCAACUUCUUGAUUAUGUUAUUGAACUUGAGGGUGUUGCUGAAGAAAUCUUGGCAGAUCGACGAGAAAUAAUUGACCUAGACAGACAGAGAAAUAAAACAAGAGAAGCUGUUAGAGCUCUGCAGAAGAAUAAAUCCAACACAAAAACUUGGUUGUGUGCUGGGAAUAUGUUCAUAAAAGUGGAAACCAAAAAAGCCAUAAAUAUGUUAAAUAAAGAUUUUGAUGUAAUUGAGAAUGAAAUUUCAAAAUUGAGGUCAACACUGAAACCUAAAGUGAAUAAACUUCGUGACCUGGAGAAGAAAGAUGACCUCAAAGGUUUUAACCUAUCUCCACUUACUCCGUCAGAAUUGAAUUCUGUUGAAAGUCUUUUGUGACAUGUCUGGAGUGAGUUAUAUAUAGUUAUGUGUCAUUAUAAACUUUGUCAGUGCCUCAACCUUUAAUUAAAUUUUUUGGUUCUAUUUUGUUCAGAUUUUUUUUUUCUAAUUUUGCAAAUCAAGAUAUUAAGUGUAGGUAGAAGGCAAUUUAUUGGACAAAAUAACUUGAAAUCUAAACAAUUUUUUUUUUUAAACCAAAACUUAAAAAGUAGUAUGAUAAUAUCUAAAUGUAUGGCUCAACAGAUUUACAAAUAAAAUCUGCUAUGUACUAAACUAAUGUUAAUAGAAAAAAUUUGCUUAAACAUCUAUAUUGUGUAUCAAAUACAUAUGGUGCAUGGUUGGGAAGAACUGAGCUGUCAGUGAAAGAUAAAUGCAAUGUCUGGCAAGAUUCAAAUAAAGUCACAAGUACAUACAAAUUAGAAGUUUUUAAGCAAGCUUAUAGCAAGACUACAGUACAAAUAACUUCUGCUGAAGGCGGUGUGGACAGUAUAGAAACAAUAAUUACCAUUUGACAACUGCGCUGGUUUUGACACUUAUUCAGCAUGAGAGACGACUGCAUGCCAAAGGCAAUCUUUUUUGGUGAGCUUAUAAAAGACGGUGUAACAGUGACUUAUUUAUUAAAGGUUUUCUGGAAUUCUCCUGAAAUUGUAAAUUACGGUAUAUAAAAAAAUGUUAUGAAAAUCUCCUGAAAUUAUUAAAAUCUUCUGAAAACUGAUGCAAAUCUCCUUAAAAACAGACAAAAUUGUCAUUUCUGGGUGUCAUUCACUAUGGAAAACGCCAAUCCUACUAGCAAUUUUAAAAAAAUGGCAUUGUCAGCUUUCAUUUAAUAAAAAUGUAACAAUAAGGCGCAUUUUUACCAAAACAAGAAGUUCAAAUUCUUAAUUUACUUUAAUAGUCUUUAGCAUACAAAUAUAGAUCUAAAUCUAUCUCGACCUCUUAAAAAAAAAAAGCAAUAUUAUGCUAGUCCAUAGUAUGUCUAAAAGAAUGUUUAUCAGCUUUUUGUUGAAAAACUACUAUAUACAUGUACUGUAGAUUACUCGUUAAGCUAAUUGGGCAGUGAUUUUAUACUUAGUAAAGUAUGAAUAAAAUGCAAAGACGAAUUUAUUUUCAAAUACAAAAUCUUAAUUUUCACUUAUCCUUAUCACAACCCAGGAUAGGCCAAGCGCUAUCCGUUUCGCAUAGGGCCCCGCAAUCUCUAGGACCGGCCCUGAUAGGAAGUCAGUAUUUUUCUAUGUGGUGUUGGUGGAUCAUAUAUCCACAUGGUCCACUCAUACCCUAUAAAAAUGUUGUUUUGGUUAUAAAGUAUGAUUGAUUGAUUGACCAGUGUGGGUAUGGAACUGUGUUGGCUUAACUCAUUCCGAAACACAGAUAAAUAAUGAUAAUAAUGUAGCCAUUAAUGGAUAUGAAUUGAUUAAAACGCAAUCUGUAUUAUUGUUGUACUAUUGUUACUGAGUAUGACAGUGGUAUUGUAAAUUAAUAUGUCUGAAGUUCAAGGAUGAUUAAAGUUUAAAUAUCUAUCAA